AGAUUGUGAACAAUGGCCAUGUGGAUACAAGCUCAGCAGCUGCAAGGAGAUGCCCUUCAUCAGAUGCAAGCCUUGUAUGGCCAGCACUUCCCCAUCGAGGUGCGGCAUUAUUUAUCCCAGUGGAUUGAAAGCCAGGCCUGGGACUCAAUAGAUCUUGAUAAUCCACAGGAGAACAUUAAGGCCACCCAGCUCCUGGAGGGCCUGGUGCAGGAGCUGCAGAAGAAGGCGGAGCACCAGGUGGGGGAAGAUGGGUUUUUGCUGAAGAUCAAGCUGGGACACUAUGCCACACAGCUGAAGAACACGUAUGAUCGCUGCCCCAUGGAACUGGUCCGCUGCAUCCGGCACAUUCUGUACAACGAACAGAGGCUAGUCCGAGAAGCCAACAAUGGCAACUCUCCAGCUGGAAGUCUUGCUGAUGCCAUGUCUCAGAAGCACCUUCAGAUCAACCAGACCUUUGAGGAGCUGCGACUGGUCACGCAGGACACAGAGAACGAGCUGAAGAAGCUGCAGCAGACCCAAGAGUACUUCAUCAUCCAGUACCAGGAGAGCCUGAGGAUCCAAGCUCAGUUUGCCCAGCUGGCCCAGCUGAAUCCCCAGGAGCGCCUGAGCCGGGAGACAGCGCUGCAGCAGAAGCAGGUGUCCCUGGAGGCCUGGCUGCAGCGCGAGGCACAGACCCUACAGCAGUACCGCGUGGAGCUGGCUGAGAAGCACCAGAAGACCCUGCAGCUGCUGAGGAAGCAGCAGACAGUCAUCCUGGACGAUGAGCUGAUCCAGUGGAAGCGGCGGCAGCAGCUGGCCGGGAAUGGGGGUCCCCCCGAGGGCAGCCUGGACGUGCUGCAGUCCUGGUGUGAGAAGUUGGCUGAGAUCAUCUGGCAGAACCGGCAGCAGAUCCGCAGGGCAGAGCACCUCUGUCAGCAGCUGCCCAUCCCCGGGCCGGUAGAGGAGAUGCUGGCUGAGGUCAACGCCACCAUCACAGACAUCAUCUCAGCCCUGGUGACCAGCACGUUCAUCAUCGAGAAGCAACCUCCUCAGGUCCUGAAGACCCAGACCAAGUUUGCAGCCACCGUGCGCCUGCUGGUGGGUGGGAAGCUGAACGUGCACAUGAACCCACCCCAGGUGAAGGCCACCAUCAUCAGUGAGCAGCAGGCCAAGUCCCUGCUCAAGAACGAGAACACGCGCAAUGAUUACAGUGGUGAGAUCUUGAACAACUGCUGCGUUAUGGAAUAUCACCAGGCCACAGGCACCCUCAGCGCCCACUUCAGAAACAUGUCCCUGAAACGAAUUAAGAGGUCUGACCGCCGUGGGGCAGAGUCAGUGACAGAAGAAAAAUUCACAAUCCUGUUUGAAUCACAGUUCAGUGUUGGCGGAAACGAGCUGGUUUUUCAAGUCAAGACCCUGUCACUCCCAGUGGUGGUGAUUGUUCAUGGAAGCCAGGACAACAAUGCCACCGCUACCGUCCUCUGGGACAAUGCUUUCGCAGAGCCCGGCAGGGUGCCAUUUGCUGUGCCCGACAAAGUGCUGUGGCCACAGCUGUGCGAGGCGCUCAACAUGAAAUUCAAGGCCGAAGUACAGAGCAACCGGGGCCUGACCAAGGAGAACCUCGUGUUCCUGGCACAGAAGCUGUUCAACAGCAGCAGCGCCCACCUGGAGGACUACAGCAUUCUUGCCUUGGCAGCUAAAGCAGUUGAUGGAUACGUGAAGCCACAGAUCAAGCAAGUGGUUCCUGAGUUUGUGAACGCGUCUGCAGAUGCCGGGGCCGGCGCCACGUACAUGGACCAGGCGCCCUCCCCAGCAGUGUGCCCCCAGACUCAUUACAACAUGUACCCACAGAAUCCUGACUCGGUUCUUGACACCGAUGGGGACUUCGACCUAGAAGACACCAUGGACGUGGCCCGGCGUGUGGAGGAGCUCCUAGGCCGGCCCAUGGACAGUCAGUGGAUCCCUCAUGCCCAGUCGUGACCCACCUGGCCUUACUACCCUCAGCUUCUUCAUCCUCGCCCGAGGAAUUAUCUUGUGGAUGUUUUAAUUCCAUGAAUCGCUUCUCUUUGGAAACAAUACUCAUAAUGUGAAGUGUUAAUACUAGUUGUGACUUUAGUGUUUCUGUGCAUGGUGGCACCAGUGAAGAGUGAGUGUGAGUGUGCGUGUGAGCUUGCACAUUGUGGUGUUUCCGCUCCUGGCUGCCCAGAGUCUGGAUACAGCUCCAGGGCCUCACACAGAGGUUGCGCUUGUUUGUGCCUCAUGCCAAAGGCAAUUAGUUCUAUGAACCCUGGAAUUUGGCCAUGUGUCUUAAGAGUGGCUGAACUUUGACAUGAGGCUAUGCAAGUAAAACAAGAACAAAGGGAGGAAAAGGCACCUCUGGGGAGUCUUCGUCACUCUGCCAGGCGGUCUGCACAAACUGCCAUUGUCUCUGCUUGUCUUCUAAGAUGUGGAUGACGGCCUUUUGACAGAGCUAGUCCUCCCGUCCUCUCUUCUCAGCCCUUGUGUGUGUGUGUGUGUGUGUGUGUGUGUGUGCGCGCGCGCAUGCACGCGUGCGCACAUGUACACACACACAAAGGGAUAGGAAAAGAAACAACAUUAAAGAUCUUUGGGGCAAGAGAAGCCAUGGGUUUUUGGAUGGAUAGGUGGUAGCUUUUUGUAUAUCACGUAACCCAUCCUAAAUUCUCUCCUUCCCUUCUCCUUCCCUUCCUCCUCUUCUUCCCUUCCCCUCCCUCUCCACUCCUCCCCUUCUCCUCCCUUUCUCUUUCUCUCUCUCUUUCUCUCUCUACUUGACAAUCAGUUAUGUGUAUACACCUGUGCAGACCCAUUUGGCAAAGUAGAGGGAAGGACAGAGAAUCACAAGAAUGUAGUGUGAUGCCCUGUUUUUCAGCCAGGGAAGCACGCCAGUUCAGCUCUCAGGUGCUGGGUGUAGCCUUGUUGCUCAGGCAGCUGCCCUUCUGUGCUGCCCAUCCUUCCUCUGGGCCCCAGAGGCCCGAUCCAGGGCUUUCUAAAGGCUUAUUAUAUUGCCAAUAGCUUUCUAAAAAAAGUUGAGUGGUAGUUUUGUUCCUAAAUUGGGUUGCCUUUGUUUUCCCCUUUGCACCUGAAUUUGACAUGGAAUUUCUCUCUUCCUACAUUUUGGGUCCUCAGCUGUUUGUAUCCAGGUCACCUCUUUUCCCUUCCUUGUCACAUUCUGUGUCCCGAGGAGGAGGUGGCAGGCCUGUGGCCUGCACGUUGAGCCGCUGGUUCAGCAGGCAUGCAUCACCCAGCGCUGUGUUGGGAGUAUGUGAAUGGAGAAAUGCAGUCAUCAGGUUUGCUGGGAAGUUGGGUAAGCCAGAGAAACAAAAAAAGCCUUGACAUGAUUUUGUUCCACCAUUUCCUGUGCAGCAUUUCACCAGAAGAAAGGAGGGGCUGCAGCAGGCAGGCUGGAUGGGGGAGAGCAGAAAGCUUAUGCUUAAGGCCCACGAAGCCCCUCUCAGCCCUUCCAGAGUUAGGGCAGGACCACACCCAGGAAAGGAUGGCCCUAAACCUUAUUUUUAUACAUGUGAGUAAAUAAACAUAUUUUUUUUACAAAAAAAAAAACUUCUGAAUUUAUCAAUGCUGUUAAAAGAAAUACUCCUCUGUAGUAAAUUAUUUAUUGGAAGAUGACUUUUUAAAAGCUGCUGUUUGCCUUGGCUUGGUUUCAUAUACUGAUUUAUUUUUCUAUGCCCAGCAGUAGACUGUCUGCCUCAGGAACACAGCAACCCCCUCCAUGGAUACCAGUGUGGAUGGAGGAGGCCUAGCUCCUCCCCUCCCCUGAAGAUUUGAUCCAAAUUCCCACUGUGAAGGUGGAAAGUAGAAACAGAAAGCCUGACAGCUGAGGGGAGCCCAGGCUUAAAGAGCCCUUUCCCUCCUGACACUCAGAGAUCCUUUGCCAGCACCUGCCUCUUUGUCCCAGGCUACCCUAGCAAAGGACCUGUGGAUGGACACCCUUUCACAUUGCUGAUGGACACAGAUCCAGGGCCCACCAGAGAGGCAGAGCAGCCUGGCAGUUGCAGGCUACUUGGAGCUCACUACUUGGAGCUCGCUGUCACGAGGUUAGGAAGGAAGGGUACCAAAGAGCUUGGCUUUCCACACAGUUGCCUGAGCUGCCAUCAGUUUUCUCCUGAAGCUGUGCCUAAAGAUGGAGGUGUGGGACUGGAAGGCUCUCUAGCUCUCUAAUCUGCUUUCUGUUCUCUCUUUUCUCUCUUGCCCUGCUCCUCCAACCACAAGAAGGAGCUAGGCCCAUCUCCACCCCCACCCCCUGCCUCCCCUCCCCUCCCUUCUUGCCCACCUGCCCUCAGCUCCUAGCCACACACAGCUCCAGGUGGUAUAUGCAGGGCUUUGUUUAGGGGGCAGGGAGUGCAGGAGACACCAAACUGGAUAGCACUUACAAUGGAAGUAUAGUUUUUAUAAUUUUCUUUUUUUCAAACUUUGUGAAAUUAUUUCAGAUACAUAUUUUAGUGUCGAGGCAGAUUAGUAAAUAGCUACCAAAAAAAUAUUGUGUACAAUUUGGGGCAGUCAGAAUUGUGUAUUUUAUGUUACAAUAAAGGCUUCCUCUGAAGGAA